GGAUCCAUCAGUAAUUAGUAUAUAUACCCUAAAUCCCUAAAUGCCAUUAUGCCUAUCUCCUUUACAUAGCCCUAAUUCUAAUUCUAUUUAUCUGCAUAACCAUUAUUCCUCCUUCUUCCUCCUGCCGCCGUACAUCCUUCUUCUUCAACGGUUAUACACAGUACCAGUGCACUACAUUACUCCGUACUUUUUAUUAUUGGUACGGUGAUACUUGCUUGUAAAAGAUGUAAUCAAUUUUUGAGCAAUGAAUAAGAAUAGCCAUUUUACAUAUUCACUCAUCUUCCUCUCCAAAUAAAUCAAUUCAUUAUUUUUCUAUCUAAAUUUUGGUACAUUUCCAAUACAAUAAGUCAAAUUAGAGAUCUUUUAAUUUUCAGCAAGUCCGAAUCCCCAACCCCAAUCCUUACCAACAAACACCACAAAAGGUAAGGGUUUAGGCCUUUAUGGCGUCGUCUUGAACACCUUAUUAGGGCAUUUCGAUUAAAUAUCCUUCCAGAUUUUCAUUGCCGGCCACCUUCUACACAUUCCAUCACUCGAAUUCAAGGAUUACAGUUUCUCGGAUCUUACAAUUUCGCAUAAAAAAUGAAUUUAAUUUUUAGAUUAAGGAAACAUUCAAUUGCCCUCCUUCCGAAAUUCCAAAACCCUACUUGGGUACAUCGCACAUUCGCUCAAGCUGCCCACCAACAAGUAGAAGAAGUAGAAAUCGAUCCAAGAAAACUUCCUGCAGAUUAUGACUCAUCAAAAUUCGAUCCCACAUCCCAUAGAAGCCCUCCAAGUGACAGAGUUUUCAAGCUUGUUGAUGAAGUUUCAUCACUUACAUUAUUUGAAGCAGCUGAAUUAGGGAAAGUUUUGAUGAACAAAAUGGGGAUGAAAGAAGACGAAGUUCCUGUUGUUGGGGUCUUAAACCCUGGUGCAGCAGCUGGGUUAGCUCAAAUGGCAGCGAAUUCGGGUUCUGCUGUUGGUAAUGAUCAAGAAGCGAAGAAGGAAGAAAAGAGUGUGUUUGAAUUGAAAUUGGAGUCAUUUGAGGCUACAUUUAAACUUAAAGUUAUUAAGGAAAUUAGGUCAUUUACUGAUUUGGGAUUGAAGGAAGCUAAAGAUUUAGUUGAGAAAACACCUUCGGUUUUUAAGAGUGGUGUUCCUAAAGAUGAAGCUGAGGCCAUUAUUGAGAAGAUGAAAGCUGCUGGAGCUAAAGUAGUUAUGGAAUGAGAAAAAAGUUUAUUGCACUGGAAAAAAGGUAGGGUUUAUGAAUUAGUGAGUUAUUUUUGCCAUUAAUAAUCUAAUGUUGUAAGUUUUGCCAGAAGGGUGAAAUGUACAAUGUAGAUGUUUAUUGAAGCUUUUAUGCUUUCACCAUGUUUGGUAAGUUUUAGACAGAAGUUUUGCAUAAUAUUUGUUCCUUUGACAAGAUUUUAUAAUAAGAAUCAGUUUAUAGUUUUA